AUGACGCAAGAAGUCGUUGAGAAGAUUUAUGAAAAAAUCGACAAGGAACUUGGUGAUCAACAUAUCGAACAUGUUGUAAAGAAUCUGAUGGAUACAGAAAAUCAAGAAGAAGCAGCUCGUAAUCUUAUGGAACUUCAUAAGCAAUGUUGCUCGGUAUUUCUGAACUUCUCACCUCAAUCAAGUGGUUCUCGUAUUAACUCAACACAACCAAAAAGGAUUCUCAAGAAGAAAUAA